AUGGCCGACGCGAAGCCGACACAACCUGUGAAUGGCGGCACCUCCGCCCCGUCCGCUUCUCCUGCCAACAAUGCUGGUACGAACCAGCCGCAGACAAAGCCCAGCGGAGGCAGCCAGUCCGCAUCCACCCCCGAAGGAGGAACUGCCCACAAGGAUCGUCAUGAGCCGAGAGGACGUAAGCCGAAUGACCAGCUGCCCCCUUCAAGGGCGCGCGAGGUCCAGCGUGCUUUCCGUCUUCGCCGUGCAGAGCACCUCGCCACCCUCGAGGAGCGCAUCCUGAUUCUCGAGACUGAGAACUCGCAGCUGCGUGCCCUGCUUGCGCUGCCUGAGGCCGACCGGCCAAAGAUUGGAUCGGGUCCCACUGGCCGUGGCAAGUCGCUCAAGGAUGGAGGAGUGCCUAUGAGUGAGCGUGUGCGUGCACGCAAGGAGGCUCGUGCUCGCGAGCGUAUCGCGAGGGGUCUGCCGCCCGACGCCCGCCUCGGAGAGUCUGACACGGAUGACGAUCGGUCCUCUCACGGCCGCUCGCCCAGCGUCACGACUGCCCAGAACACACUCCCCACGGCCAACCAGCCAUCGAACAACACGCCCGGCCAGGCUGCUCCCCAGCCCAACGCUACGACGGGAGCGAUCCCGCUCUUCUCGUCGGCGGCUGACCUGCCUGCGCCGUACAACUUCAACCUCCCCACGCCGUUCCAGCUCCCGAUCUCGCCGGAGCCGCACUUCGACUACAACACGGGUAAUCUUGACUUCAAGGCACCGUCCCCCAACCCCUUCCCUAUCUUCUCCAUGUUUGAUAACAACAACAACAAUAACAACAACGGAGACCAGAACCGCCAGAACCAGCAGCAGCAACAGCCGCAGCCGCAGCCCCCGCAGCUGCCUGGCAUCAACCAGCAGCCAACGCCGCUCACUGCGGACUCGUCGAAGCCUUCGCCGAUGUCGCCCGCUACCGGUGCCGGUUCCGUGUCGCAGCCUGACUUACUCACGCGCCUGAAGGCGUGCUGCCACCUGUCCGACUCGCACGUCGUCAACGACCCAGGACUGCUCAUCUUUGCGACCCGCUUGUGCCAGUCAUUCCCGUGCCCCUUCGGUGGCUCGCACCCGGACUCGACGCCGAGCGAUGACCCGGAGCAGAUGCUUCUCGAGGAUGCGUGGCGUGCGCUCAAGGCGACGCUCGACCCCGGUGGCGAGGCGGACGGUGAGAACAGGAUCAACACUGGCCGCAUGGCGGCUGAGCUCGUCGUCCGUGCCGGCGCUUCGCGCGGCAACGGACAGUGGAUCGUGUGCCGCUUCAAGGAGGGCAUGACGAUUAAGAAGCAGCUGAUCCAGGGCCUCGUCGCCGGUUUCGGUGGCAAGCUCGACUAA